ACCGCAGGGGGCGGGAUGACUGCGCCCAGAGCCUUUGCGGGCCUCAGCCGGCCCCAGAGGAAGGGGGACCUGUCGAGCGGUUUGGUGUGUGUGAAGCGCGACAUGGCGGGGAAGCAGACGAGCCCGGGUGGCCCAGCGUGUACCGGGAAGGGGGCGGGGCUAGAUGCGGCCUUGACAUCUACUAGAGCGCCUCGGGCUGUGCGGCUCGAGACUACAUUUCCCAGGGGGGCCCGCGCGGAGCGGGCGGAAAAGAGAACGCCUCGGAUCCAGUGCGCAGGUGCGAGAGCCAUCCUUGGUUAUAUAAGGGAGGUUUAGGCGCCCGUUCGUUCCUUUGCGUCGGGGGCGCUCGCCGGGUGGUGGUUGUACGGCUUGCAGCCAGGCUUCGUACGCUAUCGUCCUGCCCGUGAGUUCCCGUUUUGUGGGUGGUUAGAGCAGCCAGCGGGUAUAGAAUGGAUUUUGGAGGAGGGAGUCACCACUGGGCCUCCAAGGAAGCCACGUGCAGACAUCUACAACCUUCGAUCUCCUGACGAGUUUAUUGUUGGCCAAAACCAGGCUUUGAUUGAACCAGGAUGAAUGCGGGUGUUGGGAAUAGAAUAUAUAUAUACAUAUAAAACCGAAACUGGCGAAGGAAUAUGAGAGGAGUCCUCUGGAAAGAAAAGAACAGACCCUGUGCUUUCAUGAAAGUGAAGAUCUGGCUGAACCAGUUCCACAAGGUUAUUGUAUACAUAGCCUGGGUUUAAAAGGCUAUGCCCACUUUGAAGAAUGUCAUUGUUAGACUUUGCUGAAAUUUCUAACUGCCUACCUGGAUAAAGAAAAUAAAAUCUUUUAAAUCAAAA